AUGAAACGUGAAACCAUAGUUGUUUUAGAUUUCGGUUCCCAGUAUACACAGUUAAUCGCACGGCGUGUCCGCGAACAUAAGGUGUACUGUGAGAUCCACCCCUACAACAUUCCGCUUAAUCAGCUGGCAUCCAUCCAACCGAAAGGUAUCAUCUUAUCUGGUGGUCCUGCUAGCGUUUACGCAACAGAUGCGCCCCUGCUCGAUCCGAAAAUUUUAACGCUCGGUGUGCCGAUUCUUGGUAUCUGUUACGGUAUGCAGCUCAUUGCACACCUUUCCGCCGGCGGAAAAGUGCACCCUGCCGUUGAACGCGAAUUUGGUUCAGCAGAAUUGAUCGUAGAUCUGCCGAUCCCGUUGUUUGCAGAUCUGUCGAAGACGAUAGAUGUCUGGAUGAGUCAUGGCGACCGAAUCGAUGUUUUACCUGACGGAUUCCACCCUGUUGCCCAUACCCACAAUUCCCCAAUUGCAGCGAUUGCGGAUCUGGAUCGGGACAUCUAUGGCCUGCAAUUCCAUCCGGAGGUUAUCCAUACGCAAGACGAUAACCGGCUACUCGCCAAUUUUGUCUAUGAAGUCUGCGAAUGUAGCGAUGAAUGGACGAUGCAGUCCUUCAUCGCGGAGGCAACAGAGAAGAUUCGUACUGAAACGGGUGGUGCUCGCGUGUUAUGCGCCGUAAGUGGUGGUGUCGACUCGACAGUACUUGCGAUGCUGCUUAAGCGUGCGGUCGGAGAUGCGCUAGUCUGUGUUUUUGUCAACAAUGGGUUGCUGCGGAAAAAUGAAGCAGAUCAGGUGUUGUCAACUUUUCGGGAGCUCGGUAUUGAUGUUUAUUACGUUGAUGCUACUGAUCAAUUUCUCGAAUAUCUUUCGGGCGUUGAAAGCCCGGAGCAGAAGCGUAAAAUUAUUGGAAAUCAGUUCAUUGAAGUGUUCAAAGAAGGGUUGGAGCAAAUUGGACAGAUCGAUUUCCUAGCACAAGGUACGCUUUACCCUGACGUGAUCGAGAGUGUGUCUGUCAAGGGACCAUCGGCGACGAUUAAGACGCACCAUAAUGUCGGCGGACUUCCUGAGAAUCUGCCGUUCAAACUGAUUGAACCGCUUCGUGAACUGUUCAAAGAUGAAGACGGCAUCCCGUUCCCCGGUCCCGGUUUGGCUGUCCGUAUAUUGGGACCAAUCACGCAAGAACGUCUCGACAUGCUGCGGGAAGCCGAUGAAAUCUUCAUCGCAGAGUUACGGAAAGCAGGACUAUAUGACGAAAUCUGGCAGGCAUUGACUGUGUUUCUGCCUGUUAAGAGUGUCGGCGUGAUGGGCGACGAGCGCACCUACGAAAACGUUGUAGCGUUGCGCGCUGUGACAAGCACCGAUGGCAUGACAGCGGACUGGGCAAAGAUUCCUCACAACGUAUUGGGCGUCAUUUCCAACCGCAUCAUCAAUGAGGUGCGUGGCAUCAAUCGCGUCGUUUAUGAUAUUAGCUCUAAACCGCCGAGCACGAUCGAGUGGGAGUGA